AUGCUCUGCUAUCAAUUCAAUUCCAGCACUGAAUCAUCCUCCGGGCGCCCCAGUCCUUCAGACAUCACUCCUCCUCCGUCCACAUCCCGUCCCCUCGCCUUCGACACUCCAUCCUUUCGAGAAACCCUCAAUCGCCACAACACAUCUCCCCAAUACUCUCCCCAGUCUCUCAUCCCAACUCUGGCCACCGUCCCACCCUCCUCAGCUUUCUCUCAGCUAACACAGCAUCCUGUCACUUAUCUUCCCCUUUCUCCUCCAACACAUCCCCUCCACCUCUCUCACCCCCCCCUCACCACUCCAUCACCACCUCUCAGUCCGUCCAAGCCCUUCCCUCACCCACAACAUCAUCUCCUCAAUAUCCAGUCGAUCCCGCCUCGCUCUCCUACUCCUCAGCUCAGCUCCGUCAAUCCUCUCCUUCCGUCUCUAGAUCCGUCAGAUUACCUGAUCAUACCAUGGUCCCGAAUGCCAACAUUCCUGGGCAGUUUCUCCCCCUCACUUCGCUCCUCCCACGAAUAUAAGUCCCCGUAUAGCGCCAAUAAACCCAACCCGUGCCUCGAUCAUCCCCCCCAUCCGAGUCCCAACUGUUACCCAGCCCCCCCCAACAUCUCCUGCCAAACCUCUCAUGCUAAACACCUACCCAAAAACCACGCGGUUAAUAGGACCAGUUUACUGUACUAUGGUCCUCUCUUAAAUCCGCGCUACUCACGCAUGCCACCACACCUUCAACCCCAAUUUAGUAGCUGGAGUUCCACAAACAUCACUACACCACCGAGAUUUGUCCCAACCUCAACCUCCAUCAAACCACAACAAAGAACACCUUACCACUUCUCUCGGCGAUUCCUUCCCCAUGUCAAUAGAUACUCCAAGACAUUUAUCAACGUGAGUACCCGUUACGUCAUCAAUAGUGCCAAAGCUAAUCCUGACCAAGACGUCGUGCCAGAACACGCUGUAAGCGGCAUCGACUAA